CCUCAUCCUAGACCUCCCCUUCAGCCUCAUCCUAGACCUCCCCUUCAGCCUCAUCCUAGACCUCCCCUUCAGCCUCAUCCUAGACCGCCCCUUCAGCCUCAUACUAGACCCCCCCUUCAGCCUCAUCCUAGACCUCCCCUUCAGCCUCAUACUAGUCCUGUAUGUAGACUCCCCAUUCAGCCUUAUACUAACGGCUGGUAUAAACACUACGGAUAAGGAACUAGAGAUCCUCUUCCUUACCAAUGUGUCUUUAGAGGAUGCAGGAGAGUAUACUUGUCUAGCAGUGAACUCUAUUGGGUACGCUUACCACUCUGCUUGGCUCACCGUGCUCCCAGCGCUGGAGGAUGGUGACAAGGAGGAUGACUAUGCUGACAUCCUGAUCUAUGUGACGGGCUGCGUGCUCUUCAUCCUGGCCGUCGUCAUCAUCAUCCUCUGUCGUAUGAGGAUGUCUACCCAGAAGACCCUGCCCUCCCCGCCCAUCCAGAAACUCUCCAAGUUCCCCUUAAAGAGACAGCAGGUUUCCUUGGAUUCUAACUCCUCCAUGAACUCCAAUACGCCAUUGGUCAGGAUCGCCCGCCUGUCAUCCAGCGAUGGACCAAUGCUUGCCAACGUCUCCGAGCUGGAGCUGCCCUCAGAUCCCAAAUGGGAAUUCUCUAGGACCAGACUAACAUUGGGUAAACCUCUGGGAGAAGGCUGCUUCGGUCAGGUGGUGAUGGCGGAGGCCAUCGGGAUCAACAAGGAGAAACCCAACAAACCACUCGACGUUGCUGUGAAGAUGCUGAAAGACGACGCUACAGAUAAGGACCUGUCAGACCUGGUCUCAGAGAUGGAGAUGAUGAAGAUGAUUGGAAAACACAAAAACAUCCUCAACCUGCUGGGAGCAUGUACACAGGAUGGUCCCCUGUACGUGCUGGUGGAGUACGCGUCUAAAGGGAACCUGAGGGAGUACCUGAGAGCCCGUCGGCCCCCGGGGAUGGACUACUCCUUCGACACCUGUAAGAUCCCUGACGAGCAGCUCACCUUUAAAGACCUGGUGUCCUGUGCCUACCAGGUGGCACGAGGCAUGGAGUACCUGGCCUCACAGAAGUGUAUCCAUAGAGACCUGGCAGCCAGGAACGUCCUUGUAACCGAAGACAACGUGAUGAAGAUCGCAGACUUCGGUCUGGCUAGAGAUGUGCACAACAUAGAUUACUACAAGAAGACUACCAACGGUCGUCUGCCCGUGAAAUGGAUGGCACCAGAGGCUCUGUUCGACCGCGUCUACACGAACCAGAGUGACGUGUGGUCCUAUGGGGUGCUGCUCUGGGAGAUCUUCACCCUGGGGGGGUCCCCGUACCCCGGCAUCCCUGUCGAGGAGCUGUUCAAACUGCUGAAUGAGGGCCACCGCAUGGACAAGCCUGCCAACUGCACACAUGAACUGUAUAUGAUCAUGAGGGAGUGCUGGCAUGCUGUUCCAUCCCAGAGGCCUACCUUCAGGCAGCUGGUGGAAGACCAUGACAGGGUUCUAUCCAUGACCUCCACGGACGAGUACCUGGACCUGUCUGUCCCGUUUGAGCAGUACUCUCCAACCUGCCAAGACUCCAGCAGCACCUGUUCCUCAGGAGACGACUCAGUGUUCGCCCACGACCCCCUCCCAGACGAACCCUGCUUCCCCACGACCCCCUCCCAGACGAACCCUGCUUCCCCAAACUGAUCCAGGGAAACGAACCAUGUCUCCCAAACCCUGUCAAACUGCUGCAGACCAAUGGGGUGAUCAGGACAUAGAUCUUUGAACCUCCACCAGAUAUGGAAACAGAACAGUGCAUGCACUACUGCAGACCAAUGGGGUGAUCAGGACAUAGAUCUUUGAACCUCCACCAGAUAUGGAAACAGAACAGGGCAUGCACUACUGCAGACCAAUGGGGUGAUCAGGACAUAGAUCUUUGAACCUCCACCAGAUAUGGAAACAGAACAGGGCACUACUUCCAGAGUGCUUCAGAUAUGUUUGUGUUCCUACUCUUGUUAGAAAUUAAAUGUAGUACAAACUGACACGUUUUUAAAAGACUCUUUGCAUUGAAGGAUGGAUUAUUAUUAUUAUUAUUAUUAUUUAUUUAGCAUGUUUUUUUUUUCUUCUUUAAAAUGAAAAUGUAUAUUUUUGUACUUGGUCUUUAGUUAAUCAAUCCGAUGGGUCACACCAAAGCCAGUCAGCCCCUUCAGUCACACCACACCCAGUCAGCCCCUUCAGUCAGCCCCUUCAGUCACACCACACCCAGUCAGCCCCUUCAGUCAGCCCCUUCAGUCACACCACACCCAGUCAGCCCCUUCAGUCACACCACACCCAGUCAGCCCCUU